AUGGAGGCCAGGAAGAUGAACCUGCCGCGGGGCCCCGAGAACCUCUGCUUCGACAAGGACGAGUUCAUGAAGCCGGAUUUUGACGUCGAUCACUUUGUAUCCGAGUGUAGGAAGCGCGUGCAGUUGGAGGAGCUCAGGGAGGAUCUGGAGCUCUACUACAAACUCCUUAAAACGGCCAUGGUAGAGCUCAUAAAUAAGGACUAUGCGGACUUUGUUAAUCUCUCAACGAACCUGGUUGGCAUGGACAAGGCCCUCAAUCAGCUUUCAGUACCCUUGGGACAGUUAAGAGAAGAGGUUAUGAGUCUAAGGUCCUGUGUCAGUGAAGGAAUUCAAGCAAUAGAUGAUCGUCUGUCCAAACAGGAAGAUAUCAGGAAAAAAAAGGUGUGUGUCCUGAGGCUUAUCCAUGUUAUUCAGUCAGUUGAGAAAAUUGAGAAAAUUCUACAUUCCCAAGGCACUAACGAAUUAUCCACUUUAGAAGGAAACAGCCCACUUUUAACUGGACAAGUUUUAGAGAGAAUUGCCACAGAAUUUAAUCAACUACAGUUUCAUGCAGUACAAAGCAAAGGAAUGCCCCUUCUGGACAAAGUGAGACCACGUAUAGCUGGAAUAACAGCUAUGUUGCAGCAGUCUCUGGAAGGACUGCUCUUGGAAGGACUUCAGACUUCAAAUGUUGACAUAAUACGUCACUGUCUUCGCACUUACGCAACAAUUGACAAAACACGAGAUGCAGAGGCAUUAGUUGGUCAAGUGCUUGUGAAACCUUACAUGGAUGAGGUGAUUGUGGAGCAGUAUGUUCAAGCUCAUCCUAACGGCCUUCAGGCCAUGUACAAUAAACUGCUGGAGUUUGUUCCUCACCACUGCCGUCUCUUGCGUGAAGUUACAGGGGGAGCUAUUUCAAGUGAAAAAGCGGAUAUUGUUCCUGGAUAUGAUUUCUUAGUGAACUCAGUGUGGCCAGAAAUAGUACGUGGUUUAGAAGAAAAAUUGCCAUCACUGUUUAACCCUGGAAACCCAGAUGUGUUUCAUGAGAAGUACACUGUCAGCAUGGAUUUUGUACGGAAGUUUGAACGGCAGUGUGGCUCACAGGCCAGUGUGAAACGGUUGAGAUCUCAUCCCUCCUACCACAGCUUUAACAACAAAUGGAACUUGCCUGUUUAUUUUCAGAUAAGAUUUAGAGAAAUAGCAGGGGCCUUAGAAACUGCACUUUCAGAUUCCCUAGAGGAAGCACCAGAGGGCAGCUCAUAUUGUCUUUUGGCUACUCACAUGGUCUGGAUGAGUCUUUUGAAGUGUUGGUCAGAUCAGAUGUUUUUACCAUUGUUAGCACACCGCCUGUGGAAACUUAGUCUGCAAAUUUUGGCACGUUACUCUGUGUUCAUUAAUGAGGUUUCCGUAAGGCCCAUUUCCAGUGAGAAUACAAAAGAAAGCAAAAAAAUAAUGCCAGCUGGUAGAAGGGAAACUUCUGUAAAUCUCAGCUCUAAUGAGGACCAAGGGAAUGGAUCUUCCCCAGAAAGUCAGCCUUUGCCUUCCAUAUCCAGUACUCAGCUGGUGCAUGUUGCUGCAGAUCUGGAUAAACUCCAGGAAAAGAUUCCUGACAUCUUAGAAAUGAUUAAACCAAAACUUGAGAUGAUUGGCUUCAAGAAUUUGUCUUGUAUUGAAGGAGCCUUGGAAGACUCAAAGACUUCGUUAACAGCGUGCAUACCUACCUUGAAUAACAGGAUUAUCCAGGAUCUCAGCGAGUCCUCUUUCACUUACCUGAAGAGUGCACUGGAAAUUCCAAGAUUAUAUAGGAGAACCAAUAAGGAAGUGCCAACUAAAGCUUCAUCUUAUGUUGACAGCGCUCUUAAGCCCUUCUACCGACUGCAGAAUGAGUACAGAAAUGUACUGAAACAGCCCAUGAUCCAUCAGUGGUUGGAAGGCGCCCUCUCUGAAAGCACACAAAGGUAUUAUGAAACGGUAUCAGAUGUUCUGAGUUCCGUUAAGAAGAUGGAAGAGAGCUUAAAAAGGUUGAAGCAAGCCAGGAGGACUGCAGCUUUGAACCCUGUUGGUACAAAUGGGGGUAUGAGUGAUGAUGAUAAAAUCCGACUGCAGCUGGCUCUAGAUGUCGAGUAUUUUGGAGAGCAAAUACGAAAGAUGGGACUGGAAACAAACAACAUAAAAAGCUUUUCAGCCCUUACAGAGCUUGUUCUAAGUGCCAAGGAUCAGGCUACAGUGGAACAAUCCUAAGUGGUUUUGAAAACAUGCGAUCAAUGAAGAAGAAUGUAACUAUUUGUUAUUUUCCCAAAUAAGUAGCAAUGAAGUGCUUCCUGUUGCAUCUCAAGCAACAAAUCGGUGCAUCUUCUGUUUGUUUCACCAAAAGACUGAGAGUUUACCAAUAGUUUUCCAUUAUAUGGAAAGCAGUCAUAAGUUCUAAACUUCUUACUGCAGAAGUGGGAAGUGGAAGAAAAUGUUUCCAUUAUUUUUCUUGUAAAUCUUGUUAUGUAGAAGAGUGAACAUAUAUGAUGAAAAUAGUAUGUAAUAAACUUUCUUCCUAACUCUGAUGUCCCAUUUGUUUUUUGAAUCAAAUAUAUUGCUAGCUGUAUAAAUCUUCCAAAGGAACAGCUCUUCUGAAGUAAUGAAAUUGUUCACAGGAAUAGCUGUCCGCUGUUUAUUGCUGUUGCUUUGCAUUUAUCAACUUUCCCUCAUCAUGAGUCAUGGUUAGCUCUUGUUAGGAUUUCAGAUGUUUUUAUCUUACAGAUUUUUUAAUGGACCUUGUUGGUGAGAAGUGCUCUGUACAGAAAGCUCCUAAGGUACUGUAUAAUUAAAAAGUCGUUUAUAAUACCAGUACCUAACUUUCUGGCUAUUGCUUCCAUAAUUGUUUCCCUUCAAACUAGAACUUAGUAUAUUAAGCUAGAAUUUAUUCAGAGUUGGUAUAGAUCAAUUUGCCUUUUGCAGUUAGAUCCAUUUUGCCGAAAUGCAUGUGGAAUUCUUGUGAUUAGAAACCUAGCUACCUCAAUACAAAGUGCAUCUUUGCAUAGUUGGAAAUUUUAAGUGUUAUUAAGGUUUAAAUGCUUAAAAGAGUUUCCUCAAACCUAGGGUGAUUUGCCUUCUGACUCUUCUUUAUGUGAAGAAUAGGUAACACAGUCAGAGAUGAGUAGGAAGUGCAUUUGAGACUUCAUGCAUAGUUGUAGACUGCGCUCAAUGAUGAACCAUGUUGUUAUCCUUCGUUUUCUUUCUCCAGAUCUCCCAUCUGCUAGAGCAUGAUUUUUGGGUGCUCAUUCACUAGACUGUUGAUGUAAACUACAGCUGAGAGCUCAGUGUUUGAAUGGUGCUUAGAAUACCUGUUGUGUACAUUAUUGCACGUGUGGUGGAAGAAUUCAUUGAGACCAAGUUUCCUAAGUUUCACAGGGAUUUUUGCAUCCAUAUUCUGAUGGGACAGAAAGAAGGCUGAGAAGAAUAUAUGUGGCAGUAACAGAACAGUUACUGAGAAGUGGCAGACUGAGAAGCUUUCGCUGUUUUUGGUAGUGUUUAGUACGCAGUUAUAUAAGAUACAGUGUGAAUACUGCCAGGAGAAAAUCUGUCUUAAUAUGUUUCAUUCUAUAAAAAGAGUGAGAGCUUUUUAAACUGUUAGCUUAGCAAACUCCCUCAUGGGUUUGGAAGUCUGUCUGAGCUCUUAGUGACAUCUGCUUUGCUGCCUGUACUGAAGUUCUUGCAGCUGGAGCUUAAAUAGCAAGAAGAUUAUUAACUGAGGAGGUGGAAAAAGAAAAAAACAAAAGAAUAACACAUCCACCUUUCUGUUAGGACUUCAUUAGCUAUAUGGAGUGAAGAGUAAUAUCUGGUAAGAAUUUUAGACAUAAAAUUGAUGUCAGAACAAGUCUCAAUAAAAUAACGUUGUUGGGAAAGUGAACAGAUGCCAUGUUUUUCAUCAUUUGAAUAUUCAGGAAAAGAGACACAUAGAGCUUAUCUUUUUCAUACUGGAGCACAGACUCCAGAACUUCUUUCUUCCAAGUGAACCCCCUGAUCCCUUUCUACAGGGCUGCUCUCCAGCCUCUCUUCCCCAAGUCUGUACAUAUACCAGGGCUUGCCCAAUCCCAGGUGCAGAAGCAGGAGCUCGUUCUUGUUAAACUUAAUGCAGCAGGUGAUUGUCCAACUCUCUAGUUUGUCAGGAUGUCUCUGCAAGGCUUUACAGGGGUCAACAGCUCCUCCCGAUUUAGUGUUGUCCUCAAACUUGCUUAGUUUGCCUUCAAGUCCUAUAUCUAAGUAACUGAGGAAAAUGCUGAAGAGAAUUAAACUUAAAACAGAGCCCUGGAGAACCUUAACAGUGACUGGGCACUAGCCUGAUGUAACCCCAUCUACUAUUACCCUUUGAGCCCAACCUGCCAACCAAUUGUUCACCCAUCAUAUUAUGUUUUUAUCUAGCUAUGUGCUGGACAUCUCCAUUUGAAAGCUGUGAGAAACUAUAAAAAGCUUUGCUGGAAUACAAAAAGAUUACAUCAGGUGGCCUCUUUUGGUCAACUGAGUAGGUAAUUGUGUCAUAAAAGGAGAUAUAAGUUUGUUAAACAAAAAUUUCUCCUGACUCCAUGUUGAUGGUGAACAAAGGCUGCAUUGUUUUUCAGAUGUUUUUCAACAGAAUACUUUUCUGGCUUGUAAUUACCAGGCUUUUCUUUUUUGCACUUUUUGAAUCCUGAGACUGCAUUUGCCAGCUGAGACCCUUCCAGAUUCACAAGACCGUUGAAAAAUAGGUCUUACGAUAACAUCAGCCAGCUGCGAGUUCCCAAGGAUGAAUCCAUUUGGACUCUAAUACUUAGGCAUCCAGCUGGAUGCAUCUACACUGUUCCUUCCUUUUCAUCCUCAAGGUGUCAAUGGACAGGUGCUUUCUACUGCUAGUAUUUUCCUUGUUUCUCUUCUCUGUAAUACUGAGCAGUGCAUAGAGUCCUUCAGUAUGUUGUAGUCCCCAAGUACAAAUAAUGGUGUUUUGUCCCAGAACUUAAUGGCAUCAUUGCCAGGGGCUCCCUUACAUUACACUCCAUCUUCAUGGUAAAAAUGGAAACUUUUGUGGUCUGCAAUUUUAUUUGUGGUUGUACCUUUUGGCUUCAAUGAAUAAGUGGAAUAACUUAAUAGAGCCUUUAUGAAUACGUGGAAGCUGUUUCAUGCUUACAGCUAUAUCAUCGGCUGUAUUUUGCAACUUACUGUCUUAUAAAACAUAAAUCUGAUUUAGAGCAAAUUUCAAAAGUUGGAACAAGAGAUCUAGUUGUUACAGGCAUAAACCCAACUGAACUGUGGCAAAGCAAUUAGAAGGUGGUUUUAUUUGCAGCUUUCUCGUUUUGCAAAUUCAUAGUUAAUUGCUGCUGUAUAUAAUGCAAGCACAGUAUUUAUAUGUUAAAGCAUCUGGAAUACAUACAGAAUAAUUAGAUAAAUGCAUGGAUAUUAUAGCAUUUGAAAUCCUAGUAUUCACGAGAGUGAGUUGUGUUAUUAAUAGUCUUUUUUUUUAUUAAAAAAGAAUCCACUGUGUAUCUGUAGCACCGAUAGCUAACUGCUGACAUGAGUGGUUUUGGGUAAGAUAGAAAUUUGUACCACUGUGGAUGACAGUAAGAUACUCCUCUCUGCAGAAUACAUCUGGUAUCAUACUGCAAAGAGGUUUGCAGUUACUGUCUGAAUGCCAUCAGCUCCAAAGGCAAAUCUAAAGUGUGAGGUGGAAGUCUGUGUGCCAAUAAAAUCAAAGGGAAAGCUCUUGCAGGGUUUUGCAGUACCAAGAUUUCACUCCCAGUUUCUCUCAUUCAGGGUUCAAGUCUAAUAAUCUGUUGUUCCAGUUUAAUGUUUCCAACUUCUGUGACUGCUAAAAUUUGGACUGUUAAAACCAUUUUAUUCAUGUGUAGCAGCACACGCACCAUUAGUAUAGACAGUAGUAUGGAUUACUGCCACUGAUACUAUAAUUGUUCCCUUUUUUUUUUUCCCC